GACGGAGAAUGAACAGCUUUCGGAGGACUACAAGAAGCGCAUGGAAAUGUUCCGCGAACUUCAGAAAAAGUCCAAAUUUCUGAUCGAAGCGGAGGAUCGGAAUUAUCGUGACAUCUGGCUCAUGAAUGAGGACGAGAUGAAAAUUGAGGCGCAGCGGCUGCUGAAUGCAGAUCGCGUAAUUACGGAGCAGCAUUUGGGCUUGAAGUGGGAGCAGCCAGACGUAUCUUUCAUGAACAACUGUGGCCCGCCAUCGGCAGCUGACAAAACGAAGCAGCCGGAGUCCAUUGCUGCAAAGAUUCUUAGGAUGAUUUCGAGGGAUGAGACUAAGACCGCCAUCCUCAACCGAAACAAAGGACGAGAGCUACCAACCUCCCUGCGUCAAGUUCCGCCUCAUAUAAUUGGGCAGUUUUUGGAUAUGCUUUGCUUUGAGCCGGAAUACUUGAUGGAAGAAAAGAUGAAACGCCUGCUAAAGCCGAUGUCGGAGUCAGAUCAGAAGCUUAUUCGCCUGGAUGCCGUUCUAAAUGUUCUCAAUGUCCACAACGAAGAGCAGUUGGACAAGCUAUUUACUUACUUCCUCCUGCCAUUUGAAACUAAACCAAAGACACCUAAGAAGGUCAAUUUUCCGCAAACAAAUACAUCCUCUUCAAGCAUAAUGGGAGACGCCUCACAGACGGGCAAUGAGACGACCAAUACCGUAGACGGGACCGCCAAUUCAGUCUCAAUUAGCCGGCCUCCAAGCAGCCAUGCCGAGCCUGAAGCGGAGCCCACCACUUUAACUACAAAUCAAAAUGCGAGUCAAGGCACGGCCGCACAGACAGCUAGGCCGUUGGCGGCGGAGGAGGAAGAGGAGGAACCGGAGAUUCGGCUUAUCGAUCCGGUGGAUGUGUCCGCUGCACUGCGGCGUUUUGCCACAGACUUUUGUGCCGGAAAGGGUCCACUUAACAAGCCCAUGGCGGCCAUGAAACCGGAUCAGGCGGGGGAAAGC